GUUUUGAAGCGGAGCGUUGUCUUGGAGAGGUUACAUUGGAGAAAGGUCACGUACAAAGCAAAAGGAUUUGUAGAUUUGCGGAUUAACCAACACGGGAAUUUAGGCCGUGUGCACUUCCGAAAGGUCUCAGCAAGUAGGCGCCCCUUACUCUGCCCCUUGCUUGGAAUCCCGUCAAAUUCCGUUCCUGAGAGCGAGACGAGCAAUUAUGUCAUCUUUUCAAGAGGCUUCAUCUUCAAAUACCCUCCAGACUUCAAAUUUUGCACAUGUUAUCUUUCAAAAUGUAGCAAAAAGUUAUCUUCCUAAUGUGUACCUUGAGUGCCAUUACACUCUGACACCCUAUAUACAUCCUCACCAAAAAGAUUGGGUUGGUAUUUUCAAGGUUGGCUGGAGUACUGCACGAGAUUAUUACACAUUUCUUUGGUCACCUAUGCCUGAAAAUUAUGUGGAAGGUUCAACAAUUAAUUGUGUAUUAUCUUUCCAAGGGUACUACCUCCCAAAUGAUGAUGGAGAAUUUUACCAAUUCUGUUAUGUGACACAUAAAGGAGAAAUACGCGGUGCAAGCACCCCUUUCCAAUUUCGAACAUCGUCUCCAGUUGAAGAAUUGUUAACAAUGGAAGAUGAAGGAAAUUCUGAUAUGUUGGUAGUGACUACAAAAGCUGGACUUCUUGAGUUCAAAAUUGAAAAAAUUCUGAAAGAAAAAGAAGAACUACUAAAAGUAACUACAUCACUUGAAAAAGAAACUGUGCAACUUAGAGAUCAAGUUGAAAGACUAGAAAAAGAACUUGUGUAUGAGAAAGAAAGAUGUGAUAAGCUGGAAGCAGAGCAAAAGGAUGGUUUUGAAGCUGCAGAAACCCUUAAAGCUGAAAAUGAAAAACUCAAGAAAAAAUAUGAAGAAGCUACUUCCAAAGUUAUUCAGCUUGAAGAAGACAUCAUGAUUGUCACUCAGAAAGCUAUUAUAAAGGAAACAGAAUUAGAUAGUUUGAAAGAUAAACUCAAGAAAGUAGUCUUGGAAAAGGAACAGUUUGAAUGCCAGUUAAAAACAGAAAAGGAUGAAAAGGAACUUUACAAGAUACACUUGAAGAAUACAGAAGUUGAAAAUUGUAAAUUAGCAUCUGAAAUCCAGACACUUAAGAAUUUGGAUGGAAACAAAGAAAACCUUAUAGCAUAUUAUAAAGAAGAGAUUGGCAGGUUACAACUGUGUGUGACUGAAAAAGAAAAACUGAAGAAAGCUUUCCUGCUUACUUCAUCAAAUAAGGAAGAGUCAAGUUUUUUAAAAGAGCAGCUUCGGAAAGCUGAAGAUCAAAUUCAGGCAAGCAGGCAGGAAGUUAUUUUCAUGUCCAAAGAACUAAGUGAUGCGGUAAAUGUGCGUGAUAAAACAAUGGCAGAUCUUCAUACUGCUCGACUUGAAAAUGAUAACUUGAAAAAACAAUUGAAUGAUGCAGUAGCUGAACUAAAAAAAAUCUCUCCUGUGAACAAUGAACAGGGAACAUCAAAUGUUGCAGAGAGAGAACUACGCAGAGAAGUUGAAGAUUUAAAGCUCCGUCUACAGAUGGCUGCUGAUCAUUACAAGGAAAAGUUUAAAGAAUGCCAGAAGUUGCAAAAACAAGUCAAUAAAUAUAUUAACCAUAAAACUUCAGGGGAUCAACUGAAUUUGACAGAUGGCUCAAAAAAGGAAAUUUCUACGGUCGAAGCUGGUGAUAAAACAUUGCCCACAUCUCCAGUUAGCAUCAUUUCAUCUGAUACAGUUUUGGAGUUUUCAGAAAAGGAACAAGAUCAUGAAAAGAAUAAAGAAAUUUCUGACAGAACAGUGAAAUUUAUGAAAUGCAAGCCGAUGCUGUCAGAUGAGAAAUUGAAAUGUACAAUGUAUGCUGAUGAACUGGCCAAAUUGGAACUGAAAUGGAAGGAGCAAGUGAAAAUUAGUGAGAGUGUGAAGGAACAACUAGCUGUGGUGAAAGACCAGUAUCUAAUGCAGUUGGCUGAAAAAGACAAAAAAAUAGAUGAAUUGACAUCUCACCUAGGAGUUCACAACAAUGAGAAGAAACCUGGAAGGAGACCAGAAAAUCAAACAGAAAGGAUCAAGGAAGGACAGAUUUCUCAGCAGGCACUACAUUUUCUCAAUCCAGAUCUUAAUUCUGAAGAUAAUGGGCAGAUUCCUGCUACAUUACCUAGUAUACCACUUCUGCACUAUGGAAAUCCCUACACAAGCCAGGAAACUAGAGGUGGAGCAGAUGAUGCUUUUUAUCCUGAUGACAUCCAGAGGCCACCCAUGAGAACAGCCUCUUGGGACCUUGAAGAUAAUGUGGUUUGCAGUCAGCCUGCUCGUAAUUUCAGUCGCCCUGAGGGUUUAGAAGAUCUUGAGGAUAAUAACGUUGAUGAAGCAAGUGCACCUUCAGCUCCAGAUCCAUCAGAACCGCACUUACGUGAACGUGGGACAGGCUUUUGUUUUGAUUCUAGUUUUGUGCACAUCAAGAAAUGUCCACUCUGUGAAGUGAUGUUUCCUCCUAACUACGAUCAAAGCAAGUUUGAAGAACAUGUUGAAAGUCACUGGAAGGUGUGUCCAAUGUGCCGUGAACAGUUUCCUCCUGAUUUUGACCAGCAAACCUUUGAAAACCAUGUUCAAACACACUUUGAUCAUGUUUUAAAUUUUGAUUAGGUUGGGGUAUCAUUAUGCAUUAUAACAGGUGACGGUUGCUUAAGGUAUCUCAAACAAGGGAAUGCUUCAUGAAUGAUGUAAGCUUAGAAAAUUAGUGAUCAGCAUUGCAGUUGAUUAGAAUAAAUAUUUGGCCUAUUCCUCAAUCUAGCAUAUAGCCAAAUAUGUUGUAUCUAUCAAUAGUUAUUCCUUGGCUAACAAUUCAUAAACAUAGAAAAUUUGCAGACGUCUCCAGAAUUCAAUUUGUGGUGGGAUGACAGUUUUCCUCUUGCUUGUUCUAACAUAUUAAAGUUCAUUUCUCAAUAGAAUGAUGUUUUUGAAUAAUUUUAUGUACAUCUUUCUGCAAUGUGGGUUUUUCAUCUGUUGCAAAUACAUAGUUGUGUUGUGAUUAAAUGUUUUGCAGAAAAGCCUUACAAUAGUAUUCACCUUUAUUAUUAUCCCAAUUUUAAAACGUCCAAUAUACUACUACAACUAUAAAAAUUACUGCAUUUAGAGC